AAACAUAUGAGUUCACUUUCAGAUCUUAUUAUGACUAUUUUCAUCAGUGCAUUAAUAUGUUACACUCUACGGUGGUUCAAACCUGUGAACUAGUGAAAGAUUGAACCUUAUCUGUUUAUUGAUAGUGUACGUUUAUAUAUGCAUUCAAUACACAAAUAGAGUAGCAUUUUGUUGCUUGAUUAUUCUAGACGAUGAAUGGAGACCGAGGGUUGUAGGUUGUAAAGUGGUAUGAUCAACUGAUUUGGACGACCUUGUAUGGUCGACCGUAACAAGUGGCGGGUCAUUACCUCUUGUAUUCAUGAUUCUUUGGGCAAGGUGUCUGGGUAAAAGUAACGUCUUUCCAUUAACAUUUCCCUGCAGAUGUAACGCCAAUCGGGCAGUUUUAUGCCGUACCAAACGACGAAUAUAUGGACGUACAUAUCCAGUUAGCUUAGUUUAUCCUAACGGUGGUUCGAUCCGUAUUAGAUUUCAUGAGCCUCGAAUAAUACUUCAGAUCCCCCCAGAUUUAAAUGACUGUUCUCCAGAAGAAAGACAGAAACGUCUUCUUAGACGCGCUCCUCAAUCAAGGUUGACUUUGCAAGAACAAAUAGAAGACACUUUUGACCAAGAAGCUUACAGUUUUCUGUUGAAGAAAAAUUGAUUCCUCACUCCCUGUACAUAAACUUCAAUUUUAGUAACAAAUUAUAUUGAUUUAUCCUCUUUAUUUCCCUAUAAAAUAUGUAUCUUGUCGUAUCUCGUGAGUGUUCUGAAGAACUACCUGAUCAGUCUCUAUAUACAUAAAUAUAAUCUAUCGUAGACCUGCCAUAUCUAAGUCAAUUACUUUUAGGUAUUUCUCUGGGUAUACAUAAGUCAUGAAUAAUAAAUAUGACAGGAAAACCUGUACUAUUUCAUCCAUUUCAGAAUCGUUGUCCCAGGUAAUAGCACGUUCACACCGAGUUAUAAUAAUUAUCUUGUUAAGGUUUUAAACGUAAUACUCAAGCGUCUUUUCACAUAUUACAUCCACUCUGCUUACAGAUGGAAUUCAGCCAAUCUUAUGUCAUUGGUUUUGUUUGCUAAGAUAGCAGACUUUUAGGAACAUUUCUCCCGAUUCGACUUACCAGGAAUCGAUCUUGUAUCAGGAGGUCCGCUUGUUAGCUUAAGAUUCGCAGGUGAUAUAGUUCUGUUUGGUAAAGACUGACAAAAUACAGUUUUCCGACCACUUUAAGCAACAAUACAAUCAUGUUUGGGAUACGUUUCUCUCCAAUGUUCAUAGGUACGGCAUGUGCUUUGCACCUUCGAAGUGCAAAGUAUUUCUACAAGACUGGCAGGAUUCUGAACCCUUACUCACUUUGGAUGGUGAGCAGAUAGAAGUAGUCGAGAAGUUCGUGUAUCUGGGUAGCUGCAUAAGUGCUAGUGGUGGCGUGAGUGAUGAGAUCAAUGCACGUAUGGUGAAAGCCAGAGCGGCUUAUGCCAAUCUUGGCCAUCUUUGGCGCCUUCGUGAUGUCAUUCUGGCUGUAAAAGGUUGGAUCUACAACGCGUCGGUGAGAGCAGUUUUGCUCUAUGCUUGUUAAACCUCGGAAGUUGAGUGCUACCACUGAAUACGAAUUCUCAACCGGCUACUCUGAAACCGCGCGUGUUAUUCAAACUGACCUCACUUGACGUUCGCUCACGAAUGCCGACUGGACAAGAGAUAGGGUUGGCUAUGUGUUAAGAAAGUCUCAACAUUGAUGUCUUUUAUCUGUCUAGAGUCCGUAUUCAAGACUCUAGUGAAGUGAUACACGCUCGCUCUCCAUUUGUCGCUUCGAAAGCUUGUUUCGUAUGCGUUUAUUUGGAGAUUCUGUGUUAUUUCCAUCUAGUUUUGCUGGCGUUGGUGUCCCACUGAGCGCAAGAGCUGAAACAGAACUGGCCGAUUGGAUCCCUAUUAAUCUUCGGUUGUGUGCUGUUAAGUUAGAAAGUUCCACCAAAGAGAGAAGAAAUGUGUAUGGUAAACGAUGAUUUUGGCUAUCUCUGCCUAUACCCUGACAUGUUGCUACCAAGAUUCCACCAAAGAUGACCUCCAGGAGGUGUGUUUGAUUGAUAUUGCAGUACUAGCUGGAGAUUUGAAUGUUCAGGUCGGGUGUUUAGGCAUAAAGGAGAGUCGUUUGUGUGGCUAAUGGGGACUUGGUUGCAGAUCAGAUAACGUUGACCGUCUAUCACAACUUCGCGCAGACUUGAGAUGGUGGAUAAUAUUCAGAGCUCAGGUGGAUAAUUUAGGUUUGGUUGUGAAGGUUUCACUGUUCGUCUGAACAACAUUAUCAAUACAAUUUAGUUUGAAAAUUUUUGAAACAAUGGUCCAUUCCAAUACUAGUACAGUUUGAACGUUUAAGCAUGUUGUCUUGUAGUAUUCAUGAUAGCAAUCAGAUCACACGGAGAUUUUCAUGAUAAUCAAACGCUUUGUCUAGGAACAUUUUGUGCAUAAUAUUUCUAGUAUUUACUCAUCGAACAUGUGGUUAUAAAGAUAUGACAGGUGUAACGGUGAGGUCUUUCGACAGUCUGUUUUCAAAGGUCAUUUUUAUUUUUAUGAAAUAAUUUGAUAAAGUGUGGUUAAAUCUAGCGUAGAAAUUUAAAAAAUGAGUACUCGUGUUUGUAUAAUGUUAUAGAUUUCACACCAAGUGGAGUGCUUACACUUCAUUUUAAGUAGACCGAAGCAAUAUCUAGCUUUGGAUAUGAUUUUAACUGGUAGACAAGCAAAGUAAAUUUGGGAUCAGACAGAUGAGUACGGGGUCGAUAACAGUUGUUUUAAUCUAUAUAGGUUGUUCUAUAACUGCUCAUGUUUACUAUGUGAAAAUAGGAUUUAGUAAUGUGACGUGACUCAAAAUCGAUAACUCUGUUACUCAGUGAUCUAUUGUUAACUCUAUGAGAUUUUAGACGUACUACUAUAUGACCUUCACAUAACAUGCUUUGGCUAUUUUUUUCUGAUGGUGCUAUCCGUCAUCUUUAUCGUCCGUCAUAUUGUUAUGGUGUUUGUUAAUCUCAGUUCAUUUAGUGCUGCAAGAUAUCUGUAUAAUGUUUUGACAGAAUUAUGUUAGUGUUUGCACGAGGUACUGUUUUUAAAAAGGGACGUAAUGAUGUGACACAAGUGUGACAGUGAUUUAAUCUGAAGAAAUUAAAAAUUUACCAAUUUCAAGCAUGAGACUGUAUGUUUUUUUUAGCAAAUCUUAUUCUCAAGUCUUAAAUAUCUGUAAUCCAGCUAUUCAGCGUCGAUGCUUAUCAUUUUCAAGUCUAUUAAGUAAUCAAUUCAUUCAAUAGAGAUAAUUUUGUGAGCUUUUAUUUGAUUGACCUAUAAUAAUUCUAAUGAAUACUUGAUUAAAAUCUACUGUGAUUACGUCAUAUGAUUAAAGGCAAAUACACCAAGUCAAAGAAAUACACAGAUGUAUCUAUGUACCUGUGUAUUUACAUGAUUGGAUUUAACUAACAAAUUAAACGCCUACAUAUAUACAUCGGUGCACUGAGAUAUUAAGUAAUUAAAUGAUCAAUACUGUCACUUGAUCAAACAUUCUGAAAAGUAUUAAAUUUUACAAAAAUUAGUCGUAGUUAUGUAUAGUCAUAAAUAAUCAGUAAUACCAUGGAUUAUAGAAAACUGAGGAUUAUUCAAUGAGAAGUACAGAUAAAUUCGUACAUUAUCAAUCAAUUAAAUUAUUUCAACACAGAUAUUUACUUUUCACUCAUUCCCUUUCUAUUCAAUGCCUGAAUAUAUGAAGUUGACUUGUCGUACAGAUUCACUCAUUCAACCAGAAUUCAAUGGAACUAAAGAGAACAAUGAAUCUCCUUGCACUGUUUUACUAUCACCAUCUUUAUCAUCAAAAUCUUCUUCAUACAAACAUAUAUACUUAAUCUAUUCUAUUUUAAUAUUUAUUUUAGUAGUCAUUAUACCAUUAAUGUUAAAAAUGACAUUAUAUGGUGAACCAAGCUUUUAUUCACUUUUCCCAAUCUAUUCAAUACUUUUCUCAUGUACAACAAUAUUUGAAGUAAUCAAACGUCUUCGUACAUUACAACAUGAAAUGAAUGAAGACAAUGCACCAGCGGAAGUUUAUUUUUCUUGAAAAGAACUUCAUAAGUCAACAUAUGCCAUAUCUGUAAACUUCAUAAUUAUGUACAUUUUUUCAUUCUAUAGUAUUUAUUUAUUGAGUUCAAUAUUCGAUACGAUUGAAAUACCUAUUAUAACCCCAGAAUUGUCGUUUCCAUCAUCGCGCUUACAUGUACAUCAAACCUCCAAAUUGAAAACAUUCUCAAUUUACUCUCUUUUCAUUUUUAUGUUGUUGGAAAAAAAUGGAUAGUUUUUUGAGUAAAUAAAUGAAAAGCAUUUAUCUAUUCAACCAAUAUUCAACUAUUCAAUAGAUCAGAUAUUAGCGAUAUGUCUGUUGAUUUAAACAAAACUAAUACAUCUAUAAUAUAAAGACGCUAUAUUCAGAUUUAUGUACCCAUUUAUUUCACUAUUAUAUAUGCUGAGAUUCAUUUAUAAAUUGUUCUUUCAUGUUUUAUCCAAAAACAGUCACAUUUUGAAUGCAUAAAAGAUAACCCAUUUUGUUUUAAUUCCUAAUAACUAAUGUUGUGGUAAGUUAUAUGUGAUUAUGUUGUUAUCAGGAUACAUUAUAUAUACAUAUAUAUAAAACAAUAACAACUUUAAUAAUAAACUGAUAUUUGUUUGAAAAAAGUCAUUGAUGAGAGACCAACCAGUAUGUUUUGGCAUGGGACUUCACAUUAAAGUACUAACAACUAAUAAUGGUUAGAAUAUUCAAUAGAUUGAACUGAUGAUUGAUGUAUUUUUCUUUUGUAAUUGUCAGACACUGAAAUGCUAUUAACACUACAAUUUAGAUAUCGAAUUCUACAAAAAGAAUAUGUGAUAUAAUGUACUAAAACUUCAAUAUGAAUCCAUCUCAUCAUGAAGAGUAUGAAAUGAACUGAUUUUUUAUUCAAAUAAUUUAUUUAUAUAGAUUGUAAAAUAUCGAUUCUCACUGUAAGUAAUUUGUAGAAUCGAAUGGCAGUUCUUUGUGUAUAUAUGCUAGUUUACAGUAGCUAUUCAUAUAAUAUGCCGUUUAAGCUAUAUAUUUUAAAAAUAUUUUUCAAAAUCGAUAUGAAGGUUAGUGGCUUAUGCUUAAUUGAAUAACUCCUUUUUAACACCAUUAUUUAAUAGUUAUUUUAAUUGACUAUUAGAUAUGCGUUGCAUUCAAGUUUAUGUUGUAGAAUGGUACAUCUUAAAUGAUCAUUGAAGGUUAGAUCAACCUAUCUGAAUGAUAACCCGUUACUUACUAGUUAAUGAACGCCGAAAAGAUUCGUUUACUUAACAUUUUCUACAAACUGAUAUGAAAUUGAGGGGUAGGGGUAGCACGUUCUUCAACGAAUAGACGUGAAAAUUGUCAUCUAUCCUUAAUUAUGUAAGCGUUUCUUUUUUAUUGAAAAAAGAGGUACUGAUAUUUCCACUUGUUAACCCAAAUAGUUCGAAGUGUGUAGUAUUUCUGAGAGUUUUAAACUCAGAUGAAGCAGCUAUCAAUUGCUUCUUGAUCUCAAUAAAAUUGAUAAUAACAUAAUAAACUAGUAAGUUUUGACUUGAAAUAUUUCCUAUCGAUUGCCAUUUUUUUCCAAUUAGCUGAUUGUAGUACAGGAAUUCCAUCAACUGGAAAUUACGAAUUGUACCACUUUUUUAUAGUUUGGCCAAAUUAAAACAGUACAUAAAUGUCAUUAUUAGUCUAAUUGCUUAUUCAUAAUAAUAUUAUAAGAUUAUCUUCAAUGUUUGUCUAUAGUGAUUGUUUAACUUCUAAUUUACACUAAGUAUAAUUAAGUAAUAAUAAAAUAAAGACUGAAUACAUGAUAGACUAUUGAAUUCUGACAUUCAGAUCUGGCUAAGAAACAUUUAACAAUACAUAACAAUCCAUCAAUAUAACACAUCAAAUAGAUGUACAGCCUCGCUUAACUUUAGUAAAUUAAUAGCUCAAAUUAACACUAUACAAAUGUUAAUAUUUUCUCUUCAUUCUAGAAUGUCAAUACUUAAAUUAAAUAUAAAUCAUAUCAAUACAUUAAGAGAUGAAUAGUCUUUAUAUACAAUUUAAGUGAUCUUCAAUUUUUCAGUCACAGAUUUAUUUUCCCUGACACUUUUCAUAUUACUAUAAAUGUAUAAAAAUCAUUUAGAUGAUCUCAUAAAUCAUUGUUGAAAUAAAUUUUCAAUUAGAUUAGUUGUAAGUUAAUUUUUAUUUUAAUUUCUUAAAAGAAAUUAACAUGCAUAAAUUGUUCAAUUGAAUUUAUUUAGGUCAAUAAAGUAUGCAUAG